GUCUUUCGUGCAAGGGGCUGGUGACUAGCUAGUGAUUUUUUUUUUGUAUAAAAAUAAAAAAUAACAAGAUUAAAAAACGUUUUCUUCGACCUAACUUUAACACAUUCAAGAACACAUCAUGAGGUCGUACUUUGUGCUAGCGGCCAUCCUUCUCGCCGCCGUCUGCAGCGCUCAGGAGAACUUCAAAUGUCCCGACGACUUCGGGUUCUACCCUCACCACAUUUCCUGCGACAAGUACUGGAAGUGCGACAAUGGAGUCGCGGAACUUAAGACCUGCGGCAACGGACUCGCCUUCGACGCGAGUGACAGCAAAUUCUUGACCGAAAACUGCGACUAUCUUCACAAUGUAAAGUGCGAAGAGAGGACGCAGCUUGAACCGGCCAUCAGCGCCCCGCACUGCUCACGCCUUUACGGAAUCUUCGGCGAUGACGACAAAUGCGACGUAUUCUGGAACUGUUGGAACGGUGAAGCUUCCCGCUACCAGUGCAGCCCUGGACUCGCCUACGACCGUGAAGCCCGUGUCUGCAUGUGGGCCGACCAGGUCCCCGAGUGCAGGAACGACGAAGUUGCCGGAGGAUUCACCUGCCCAGCUGCCGGUGAAGUUAGCGGAGCUUCCGGAAGCUUCUCUAGACACGCUCAUCCCGAAGACUGCAGAAAGUAUUACAUCUGCAUGGAGGGUGUUGCCAGGGAAUAUGGUUGCCCCAUUGGUACCGUAUUCAAAAUUGGUGACAGCGAUGGCAGCGGCGCCUGCGAAGAACCCGAAGGUGUUCCCGGAUGUGAGGAUUACUACGGUGAUUUGGACCUGAAGAGCAUCAGAAAGAGCGAACUCUUGGCUGGAAUCCAAAGCUCGGGUGAAUCCCGAAACACCCCGAAGCCAAAUCAGAGCAAACCCAGGCCCAACGCCUCCGUCCCCGCCAGGCCCUCUGCCCCCGUCACGGAAUAAAUUAUUUGAACAAACACGAGUAAAAAUAUUAAAUCGAGCAAAGAGUACACGAGAAAGAGUGGGGUCCAGCGAUUAAAUUAUUACUACUGAUAUUUACAAUUUGAAUUUUGAUUUCAAACAACACAUUUCUGAACGGCGUUCUAUUCUUUUUUUUAUUUUUUUAUCUUUCUAUUUUUAUUUCCUUGGGCCCGUGACAUCCAAUCUUUCUUUUUGUAAUAAAUAACAUCGACAAAACUCUCAAUUGAUGUACCCUUGCAGCAACCGAACAAAAAAAACUCCCAAAAAAAAAAACCCUGAACCCCUGCUCACGUAUUUUUAAAUAAAAAGAAGAAAACACAAAAUAAAAAAAAUCUCAAAAAUUAA